UUUUGAAAAAUAAGUCAUUGGAAUUUAAAAAAAAUUAAAUUUCAAUAAAAUCGUUUUUUCAUCGCUUGAUGCGUUACGGGCUAUUUUUCGAUAUUAAUUAAUUUUUGUUUUUUACUUUUAAAAUCCAUUGAAAUAAUUUAAAAAUUGAUAUUUUGCGAUAUUUUUUUGGAAUGAACAUCUCAAAAACUGAAGCCGAAAACAAUGAUGUUAAAACAAAAUCAAAAAUUCCUCCAAUGCCUAAAACAACAUCUUCGCGUUUCAGUGGAUGUAACCUAGAUUCUGCUCGAUCAAAAAUUCCAAAAAGAGAUGCUUGUACGGCCAAAGAUUCUGCUGUGAAAAGUUUCAGAAUGAAACCUAUGAAACCAUCAAGUGCUUCCAGAAGUGGUGAAAAUAAAUCCUCAGCAUCGAUGAUGGAAUUAAAUUUACAUAAAACUAUUACUCAUUUGGCGCCAAGUAGAAGUUGUUUCAAUUCCAGUCGAAGUGAUAAAGGCAAAGAGCAAACCCCAAGACCAGAAAAUUCAAUCAAAAUAAAAACUGAAAGAGCUUUAUCUAAACGAAAUUUACAAUCCUAUGAAUUAGCUAAGGAAAAACUUAAGAGCUGUCAGGAGCAAUUUAUGAACAAACAUAAUUUAGUUAAAGAUCAACUUCCUAAAGAUGAAAGGGACUUAAAAUUAAUUUGCUUAUUCAAAAAUAUUGAAGACAGCUUAGUUACAAAAAAUCAAACUUCAACGAUCAUAACAAUGAGCGAUGAGCAGACGUUAGAAGAAUUCAAAAGUUCUUUGAAGAAUUUUGUUCAAAAGAAAUUAGAAGCAAUCGAUAACAUCGAUCUAUUGUCAAAGUCUCCAAGAGAAGUUGGAGACACAGCUUUAAAAGAUGAUGAACUUUUUAAACAAAUCCAAGAUACAAAAAGGAACUACCAAAUUGAAAAGAAAACAUUGUUAAAUGAUUUCUUAGCUGAAAUUGAAAGUCUCCAGGUAGCAAAUGAUAAAACCAUGAAAUCAAAUAAUACCAAUAAUGAAUUUGAGGCAAAGUUCAAACAACUUUUAGAUCAAUUCAAUGAACUACAAACCCGCUUAAAAGAAAGUCAAGCUGAGGUCACGAAAAUUAAAAAGAUUUCCGAACAAAAAUUAAGCACAUUUAAGAAGGAACUUGAAGAAAGGCAUAAGAUUGAAAGCAAAAUCAAGUUGGAAAUCGAUGAGCUCAAAAAGAAGAACGAGUGUUUGGAAAAAGAACAUCACAAAGCGAACAAAGAAGUUAGUGAAAAACUCAACAAGAAGUCACAUGACUGCGAAGAUUUAACUCAAAAGCUAAAAGUCCGUGCUGAUAACAAUGUUAAACUUGAAGUUAAGAACAAAGAAAUUGAAGCGAAAAAUAAAGAAUUGGAACUUACAAUUGAAAAACUGAAGUUGGAAUUAAUUGUUGCAAAAAAUUCAGAUAACGAAAAAGCUAGAGAUCUGAGUUUGAAAUAUACAGAUGAAAUAAAUACCUUUAAGACUGACCUUUUAAAUGUCCAAAAAGAAAAGGAAUUCUUUGAAAAUGAAGUUCAAUCUUUAAAAAAUGAAAUUGUAAAGUUUAAAAAAUUUCAAUCUAAAGUUUCGGAUCUUCAAGUUGAAAUUAAUCAAGCAAAUAUUGAAAAAUUAGAUCUCAAUGAAAGGAUAAGAAACUUGGAGGGAAAAUUGGAGGAAAGUGAAAGCCAGGCUUCUGUUUCCAGGGAAGUUCAAGAGGAGAUGGAACAACUCCAAAGGAUCAAUAAUAUGAAUAAUGAAAAAAUAAAAAAUCUUGAAAAUGCAAUAACAAAGUCACAAUUCCAAGUGAAAAAUCUUGAAGAAAAAAUAUCUUUGGACAAAAAACUAUUGAAAGUUCGUACAGAUUUGAUUGAUUCAUUACAAUCGAAAGAAAAAUCACAAAAAGUUCGUUUGAAAGAUCUAUUUGUUGAAGUUGGUGAAAAGAAUAAUAAUUUACAAAUGAUAAAAACUGAAAUUUUAACAAAAACCGAAGAAUUUCAGAAUCUUUUUUCGACUUUGAGUACAAAUCAAAUGGAGUUAACUCGACAAGAGCAUGUUAUAAGAUUGUUGCAAGAAAAUAAUGAACGAGCUCAACAUUUGCGUGUGAGGCAAGAAGCUAAGAUUGCAAAAUUAGAAGAAGAGAUUUUAGAAUUAAAACAAACAAUUUCGAUUUAUCAAGAUGCCGUUCUACCAAAUAGUAACUUGAGGUGGAAUCUAGCUGCGGCCGAAACUUACCGUGGGGAUUGUAAUGAUAGUUUGGGGUUUUACGUUGAAGAAAGACGCAAGAAACGACAUAUUGAUAUCAGUGUGAAGAAAUAUGAAAAAUAAAAUUGUGAUUCCAAAUUAUUCUUGUGAACCUAGUUUUUGUAUGAAAAUAAAUUGAAAUAAAAUGAAAAGUU